GAGCGAGCGAGCUGGAGCUUUCAGUAGCCGAGCGAGCGCUUAGCCGAGCUCGCUGCGACGCUGGUUGUGUGCGCGCGCGAAAGAGACCGCGAGAGAGGAGAGGCGCGAGAGAGAGAAAGAAGCGGCUAUAGCGUGUAGGUGCGGGCGGUGCUGCUCUCUCUCUCUCUCUCUCCAUCCCUGCGUGUUCAUGGAAAGAGCAGCAGCAGCAGCAGCAGCAGCAGACAGCAGCGGGCGAGGCAAACGGAAGCGAAGACGAGCAGCAGCGCACUAGUGCUUGUGUAUACUAACACACGAAGAGAGAGGGACGCGGAGGAGAGUCGCCAUGUCGAGGAGGAACAGCAGCUCGCUGUACCGCGGCGGCCGAGCCAGCUGUGGCGGUGGCUUCGAGCCCGCUGCGGAGGAAACCUCGCCGAGCUUGCAAGCUCUGCCCCGUUCGAGCAGCCAGAGCGCCCGCGAGUGAUCGCUUCUGCUCCUCUCUCUAUACUCAUCGCCCUACAACGUUAUUUUGUUAUCUCUCUCUCUCUCUCUCUAUCUGUCUGUCGGCCGCGCGUGUUUCCUUCUCUCUCUCUCUCUCUCUCUCUCUCUCUCUCUCUCUCUCUCUCUCUCUUUCUCGCUCUGAGGCCCGAGCUGCCGUGUGUAUGUGCCGCCGAGCAGCUGACGAGCUCCGCAUGUAGAGGGAGAGAGGAGUGUCGGGGAGAGAGGGACGUCAGUGUUAUAGUGUGCAAAGAGAGACGACGACGGCGCCGCCGACGAGCUGCAGGACGGGCCAGCUCAGCCAUGCCCUGAUUCGCGAGCCGAGCCAAGCGCCUUCAUGAACCUCCACUGCCCUGACUCGUCGAGGCAGCGGAAGGAUAACCAGUGACAUGACUCGCAUCAGCCAGGAUUUCCAUUGUCGAGCGACCCUCAAUAGAAAUCGAAAGCUCCUUGGCCGUGAUCUCCUGAAAUAAAGCUCGGCUUCCCCUCCUCCCCCCGGAGAGAGAGAGUGCGCCCGAGAAACCGUGGCAUCAUCGUGUAGGUUAAGCACUUUGGCUCUUCAAUAUUUGAGAUGGGCAUGCGGGGGUGACCGGAGUGAUGGGAUGGGGCCAGAGCCCCAUGGAGUUCGGGUAGACCCGUCUCCAGCCCAGCUCCCCAGCCCCCUCCGCCAUCGUUAUCGUCACUGCUCCUGCCAGAGACGCAGAGGGCCCCCUCGAACGCGAUGGAGGCCUCUAGCGCUCAACAAUACAAGAAGGAGCCACGCGUUCACAGGCCUUGCGCCUUCGACAAGAUGGAGGGGCUGGUGCGGGAGAUGCAAGACCCUGAGAACGGGGUACCCGUGCGCAGCCAGAAGCUAUUCCUUACCUCGAUCCCUUCAGCGUUCAUGGGUGAGUGCCAACGGUACCUGCGUUGUGGCGUAAGCCUAAGUGGCCAACAAGGUCAGGACACUACAGUAGGCUGCCUGCGUGUUGCAGGUUACGACCUCAUCGAGUGGCUGAUGGAGCGGCUCAACAUUGAAGAAUCAGUAGAGGCGGUCCAUAUUGCUAAUCAACUUUGCCAAUAUGGCUACUUCUUCCCUGUGAACGACUCCAGGACUCUUACUGUGAAGGAUGAUGGCUCUCUCUAUAGGUUUCAGACACCUUAUUAUUGGCCAUGGCAGCAUCGAACACCUGAUAAUGUGGAAUAUGCAAUAUACUUGGCUAAACGCACUUUAAGAAACAAGCAACGCCAUGGUCUGGAGGAGUACGAGAUUGAGGCAUUGACGAGUUUAAAAAGAAAUUUGCAAAAUAAAUGGGACAUCAUCCAGUUACAAGCCGAGGAACAGGUACGGUUAGCGAAGGAGCGUAAAAAAGGUGACAAGAUCGUAAGCGAUUCGCAAGAGAGGGCAUUCUGGAGAGUGUACAGACCGCCGCCAGGAUGCACAAGUAGUCUUGAGGUGGUGCCGGUGCCCACCAGGGCACGGCCCGGUCUGCCGCGCGCUCCGCCUCGUAAGCGCACCCUUAACGAUCUGCAGCGCGAGGUGGAGCUUUUACGGAAUAGCGUAACGCGCACGCGGAUAAAGGUUUCGGUCGCUAUAGAAAACCUUAAGACACAUUUUGAAACAUACAUGGAAUACGAUCCUAUGAUGACGCAACCUCAACCUUCCAAUCCAUGGAUCACCGAUGAUCAAACAUUUUGGCAGCUGAAUAGCGCUCUGGUUGAAGUUCCUACAGAAAAACGCGUUAAAAGAUGGGGUCUGUCGAUGGAGGAGUUGAUGAGUGAUCCAACGGGUUUGCAAGAGUUUACCAACUACUUGCGAAAGGAGUACAGUCACGAGAACAUACGAUUUUGGUUAGCUGUAAAGGAUUUAAGGCAUAGUUUUCAGGCUAAAAUAAACGAUAAAGUUAAUGAAAUUUUUCGGGAAUUUUUGGCACCCGGAGCUCCUUGCGAAAUCAACAUAGACGGUAAAACGAUGGAAAAGGUACAUCAAGAAAUGAAAAGUCCGACAAGGUUUACUUUCGACUCCGCCGCUGAGCACGUGUACACGCUACUUCUAAAGAAAGACUGUUAUCCAAGAUUCAUUCGUUCCGAUCAUUAUCGAAAUCUUUUAGCUGCUGGCGUGCAGCCCUUGCAAAAGAAAAGAUUCUUCGGAUUCGGCGGCCAAGGAAAGAAGAAGACUUCUUCGACGACGCCGGGAUCCGGUAGCCUGGCGCAGCAGCAACAGCAAACGCAUGGAACGAGCAGCGGUGGCGUCGGCGGCAGGCGAAGGGGUAGCGACCGAAGUCUAUCCGGCUCGGCGCACGAGUUAGCCCUGUGCGGUGUUCGAGACACCACCACAGCGCCUCGGGUGCCACAUUCACAUAGCCAGUCCAAUCUCACUGAUAUUCCAUACAGGGGAGAUCUGCACUUUAAGAUUCCUUCACGGCCUAGCCCGCCUACUAUUCAGGAUGCUGGCGCGCCGGAAGCAGCAGCUCGCCCUAUGGACGAUGUAUGCCCGUGGGACGCGGCGCCCGCGGUCGUCUCGUCAGGGCGGACGCCGUCGGCUGAGUCUGCGCCAGGCCCGAGCAGCAGCAGUAGCAGCAGCGUCGUCGUCGCACCUGCAGUUCACGAGCAGCCAGCAGCAGCAGCAGCAGCAGCAGCAGCAGCAGCAGCACUAGCAGCAACAGUCCGCUCGUCGCGAAAAAACUCGUCGCAGCUAGACUCGUGCUCCUCGUCGUCCGACGUGAGCGUCGCCAUAGCCGAAGUCUCGGAGCGGCUUCGCAAGACGAGCAGCAUCGCCGAGCGCUCGAGCCAUCAUCACCCGCACCAUCACCACCAUCACCAGCACCACCAUUCACCGCAGCAGCAGCAGCAGCAGCAGCAGCAGCAACAGCAGCCAAGCAGCAGCAGUAGUAGUGGAGGGCCCGGACCGAUACAGCGCAACUACUCGGUCGGCUCGGCCCAGCCGACGAGGGUCAAACUGGCGGAGACCUCGAGGGCCAGCGUGGCCACCUGCAACUUUCGCUCGCCCCAGCAAUCCUUCGACCUGUCAUCCGUAGCACUCGCGCCCGCCGAGCUCGCAAGCUCGAUGCGACCGCUGCAUCACCAGACGAGUGCCGCAGCCGAGCUCACGCCCACGCGCUCGGUUGUCACCGUGCCCGAGGAGACCGAGCAUCAGCAUCAACAGCAGACAACUAGAACGACGGCAAAGGCACCGUUGAUCAGCAUAAGCGCGAUAGUGGGGGACUUGCCGGAGGACCUGGAACUACCGGCGGGUCCGGACGACGAGACAACAACGGAAACGCCGGACACGAGCAGUGAUUGCGCUCUCAUGAGCGAGCCCCUGACCCAGGCUCAGAGCAUGCCCGAGGUCGAGGAGGACACGAGGCGAGACGUGGCUGAGCAGCCGGCCCUCUCAGAGGACAAGCCCGAGCCGGCAGCUUCGACGUCAGCGGCGGCGGCCAGCGAUCAGCCUCCUACCGCGAGUCAAGCAGCUAAGCCUCGCAGCUCGACAGCCGCGGCAGCUUCUUCGGAGCAGCCUGCACGGGAACCGGACACCCAGCAGGACGAUUCGAAGAAGCCAGCUGACGGGGCCGAGGCCGCUGCAGCCACGCCCGCCACCGUCUCUCAGGAGCAGCGAGACAAUAAUGUUAACGAAGUUUGUCCAUGGGAAGACGAGGAAAAUUGUAGAGUGGACGCGCCCUAUGUAAAAACCUAUGCGACGUUAGGUUACUUGUAAGUGCUUAUCUCACACGUUUUACACUUAAAAAGAAACUUUACAAAUCCAAUUAUUUCCAUUUCGCUCCGACUUUCCAAACUCGAAUGUCGAAAGUUCUGGCUGCGAGUGUAGCCAAGGUUCAACUAUUUCCGAUGGCAAAAAUUUAUCUGUCCCGAAAGUUCAUAUCAAUAAUGCACGAAUUCAAAUUCAGCAGCAGGAGAAGUUUCCACUCGCGGCGCAAGGACGUGCGCGCCAGUCCGUCACAACAAAAUUUAGUGUGCAGUCAUGUAAGCGUCGAGAGCAAAGAAAAGUUAAACUUGGUUCACAGCUUUGUGCAUAUCGAUCAGUCGCUAAAAGAGUCGCUUUCGAAGGUAUACGAGAACACGACCGUUUUCUCGCGGAAGGAUAAAAAAAUUCAGAUAGAAUAUCGCAAAUUCAAAAAGGAAUAUACGAAAAUUUGUAACAAGACAUGACAGCAUGGCCUAAAUGAUUAUGAUUUAUUUUUGUCGAGUCUGUAAUUCAGCAGCGCAACGGAGCGAAUCUCAAUGAGAGAAUCUCAGAGACAUUAUAGUAUAAUAUCAGGUUUCCAUUUAGAAUCAGACGCACGCGUCGUGCGGUAUAUUAGGCGUAUAUUCACGGAUUUUUCGUGCGCACCAUGUUCUUCGAGAUUUAAAAACAAACGCACCUCAGCACCCUAGUAGAGAGUAUCUAUUUCGUCUUUCGGUAAAAAGCAAAAAAAAAAGAAAAAAAAGGAACGUCUUGUCGUCUAUAAAAGUUGUUGUUGUAUUUACGAUAAAUAUUUCAUUGUAUUGAUUAUCAAAGUGCCAUAUACAGUCUUGGUGUAGAAUAUUGUAUCAGAUUAGACGAGUUAUUACGGAGCAUAUGUAGUAUAGAAGCGUUAUGAAUAAGCACAGAUAUUAUCCAGUCUCUAGUUUUCUCUAAUUUUUAUCGGUAUGAUUUCGCGAGUAGCGCUUCGGGGGAUCUCGUCAAUAAUGAGCCCACUGACCGGUCCCUUGAAUCGCUCUCAAAAACGUUAAACACAUUCCGGUUUCGCCUGCGCCUAUUGGUUUUUUAAAAUAAAAUAUGGUUUCAACAAAAUCAAAAGUCUAUGAUUACGAAUCAACGUUUUCUUACCGUAUACACAGAAGCAGCUUUCGAUGUUUCUCUAUCCGUUGAUAUAUGUCAUAUACGCUAAUAAAUGUCUAAUAAAUGUCGUUUCGUUAAGAUUAAGGAGCUUCUCAGUGUUUUCGCACCAGUUGUAAGAAAAAGGAGAAAAUUUUACUUGCUACACAGAUUUAUAAUAAUAACGAAGAAAGAGAAUAAAUAAAAUAUAAAGAGAACCGGGAGCAGGUUUCGUCCCGACUAUAUAAGUACGUGUUGUUAGAUGCGCCGGACUCGUUCGGCGCGUUCUCUAGUUCGAUAUCGAUGUUUUUUCGUGUCUAAUUCCAAUCCUAUAUUGAGAAAAAAGUAUAAUAUCAACGUGAUUUCGAUGUUUAAAAACGUAGCUGUUAUCUACUCUAUACUUUGGCUACCGAAUAUACCGCGAAAAGAAAAUCCGCCGUCGGCGUCGGACAUGCCAAAUGACGCCGACUACUUUUCGCUGCCCAAAACCAGCGCGCCAAUAUGCGUGUGCGUGUGUGUAUUUUUGUGUCUCGAUCCUACAUUAAAAUCAGAUUGAUCUCAGACAAGGAGAAAUCAUAAUGCUAGGUGAAUUUGCGCGCCUCGACGGGGGCCGCUACGUCUGAGUAUUGAAAUAUAAAAUAACAAGUACACAGAAAGAGGAAGAAAAAUCAGAGGCCCAUCAAAGGCCCUUCGAUUAAAUAUAAUCUAGGAUUUGAAGCUUGAAUAAGAAUUUUACUCAUUGAGUCGUUUUUCCAGUUUGUGCAAUGCGUAACUUAUAUAAAAUAUGAAAUACCCUUUGGAUUUUCAAAAGAAUUGAUGAAAAAUACUAUACUUGAAUAAUCGCGUUUAAUAGAGUUUUACGCCGCUAACUGGCUAGGCGGAAAAAUUGCACGACAACAAAAUAAAACAUCGCGCAAAGUUCACCAAAUAUUAGGGAUAAUUACAAAGAUGAUAAUAAUAUUAGUAACAAAGCUUGUACCUUCGCUACAACGACUGCGCGCCAUUUGUUGUGACGGACAUGACGAAACCUCAGCGCGUGUCUUUUCAGAGAAUAUUGACUCGUAAAUGUACUUUAAGUAAAAUAGGUUCGAAGCUGGCUCGUGGCCGUUCUUGUGACACUCGAGUUUGACGGAGAAAAUGGGGUAUGAGGCAAUUUGUAACGACGAUACUCAUCAUUGGAGCCCAGUUUUAAGUUUAGUGUCGUUCUUAUUGAUUAAAAAGAAAUUAAAUGAAAGAAUAUAAAUAUAUAAGCAGUUGUAAGUUCGAAAUGUCGCCAGCGAGACAGCAAAACGGCACGAUUCAGAGCAAGAAAGUGAUACUUGAUCGCUGCGCACUGGCGCAGUCUCGCUCUUACUUGAAUAUAUUUCCCUCGAGAGAAAGAGAUGCAAGAUAUCUGGAGAUGCGAGCUGGAUUUUGGGGGAGUGAGAGCGAAAUUGGAAACUCAAUCAAAAGCAGACGAUGGAAAUGCGAUGAAGAUUAAAAACUAAAGUCGUGCCGAAUCUGUUCAAAGCCGUGAAUGCAGUGAACGUGUUAGGAGCAGAAAAUAAACAGUAAAUAAAUAAGCGAAACCGGUCGAGAAGCUACGACGCUCUAUUGUAAUUGUACGCGCUUAUAUCGUUUAACUGACCCGUGUGAUUAGACAACAAAAAAAGAUACGAACUUGUUAUAUGUAUAUGUACGAUUGUACCGAAUGAUAUUACGAUAUUACGUAAACGCCAUCGCACACAUACACGAGUAUCGAGGGGGCACACGCAAGUUUGUAAUAUACUCUUUUCUCUCUCUAUAUAUAUAUAUAUAUAUAUAUCUCAUUCAACUACUUGAAUGUUACUUUUUCGAUAUUAUCUAGUCUCAGAAUAUAAGAAGCCAAAAUAAUAGAGCGUUGUGAGGGAUACUUCGAGGGGCGGAACUUGGCUGUUUGCGACAAAUCAGUGAUUCAAAUUACUGGAGCGUGUCAAUUUUUGCCUCUUUUAAGGCUCGAUUCACAACUAUAACUGUCUUUCGUUUCGUUACUUUAAUUGUAUUCAUAUUUUUGAAUUUAUUUCUGCUACCGUGUAUCAUCGUCUUAGCCGUUAAAUAUUAUGUAGGUGCAUAGUGUCGAUAAGUAGGCAUUUUAAAAUAUGCUCAUGCAUGAAUAUCCACAAGCUUUUAAUUUUUCAAAGUCGAUGUUUACGUGAUAUCGUCGUGUAAAUUUUACUCGAUCUCCGUCGUUAGUUUCCGAGAAUAGUAUUUUUCCUUUCAAUAAACUUUGCUGUACAAAAUUUUUUUAUUGUCGCUAGUCGUAAAUAAUACCAGAUAGAUUAAAUGCGUAUAGCAAUAGGGAUUACUCAAUAUUAUAUGUUGUGUUUAUUGUCACUGUAAUUGAAAGCAAAAUUUGUUGUUGCAUGUUGCCAAGUAUUCAUUUAAGAGAAAAGACUGUAUGUUAGAUUCUGAUUUUAUUUUAGUUAUACUUGUUUUAUAUUAAUAAUUAUUUACUUUUCAAGUUAAUGUAUAUGCGCGAUACGCUAACAUUCAUUAUGAUUCUUCAAUACAAUUUAACAUUCUUUUAAGCACUUCGAAAAUUACGUCAUUAAUUAUUGAGCCUACGCAAAUUUGCAUUACGUAUACUUAAAGGUGCCUUUUAUUCUCAAAUAUAAAUUUUAUUUAAGGUAGCUUGAUCGAUAUACGAUUUUCGUGAUAACUGAUGAGCACAAUUCAUAAUACGUACAAAUUCGAAAACGUAAAAUGUACAAAGAAAUUUUUUACAAUGGUUUAAAAACAAUAUAGUUUUACUGGUAAGCAUGGGAAAAGUAAUUUCUAAUAGCAUAAUCAUGAUCAAUCUUUAAACUUACGUUCAAAGUAUGUCGUUCCAAGUAUCAUCGUGAAUGAACGUUUUUCGUACCUAAUAAUUAUAUAAGCACCUAUACACGGUUGAGUUGAUCAUGACUUUUGUAAUGGAUUUUAUAAACAAUUAUAUUGUAAAUCUAUAGUUUUACUAUACUUGAUUAAUAAUAAGGCGAUGUUUCUUAAAUUACUAAGAAUAGAAAGUUUUGUGUCGGCAAUGAUUAAUCGCGAUACUUUUCGAAGUGCGUACAAACGAAUGAUUUUCGCAUAGCUUAAUCGGAAGACUGAAAACGUACCUGAAGAAAUAAAUCGCAGAAAAACGAAAAAAAAAAAACAUGGAAAAAAAGAAAAGAUAACCAAAUGCGUUAAUUGUCCGCCCGCUCGAAUCGAUAUCACCUUGAGUGUGCACCCCUCGUGCUCUCGAACGUAACGUCAGACUUCAUAAAAAAAAGUAAUUACAAAAAGGUUGUAAUAAAAAUUAUAAAAAAAAAAUAAAUAAAAUAAUUUAAAGUCGUGGUCGACUAUUGUUUCUUGCGUCUCCGAGGCAUGUAAGUCGCGCGUGCCGACACCUUUUCUCUAUGAUCAUCGAUUAAUUCGCAUACGAGAUUGAGAAGUGCGCACAUAUCUCUCGCCUCGUAUUAAUUACCGUAGGAUUAAAGAGAACAUGAUUUUAAAAGUCAUGCGAUUACGAAAUUGCUUGUUACCCGAAAUAAAACGAAAAUAUAUGCAACAAAAAAUAUAAGAAUUGUGUGACUCGUCGCGAGGGGUCACGUUGAAAAAGCGCUCGAAAGUUGCCCGGUAAUCACUCUUGAAAUUCAUCGAUAAUUUGCGACGACUUUUUUUAAUUUACAUUUUAUGCGGGACGAUGGGCUGAUUUCUCCAUAUGGAGUAUUUUGUAAUUGAUCAUCAUUUAUGGUUUAAAUAAUUUGGCGGAAUUGUGCAAGCGCGCAACGCUUAGGAAUUUCGGGAAUUAAAUGAUCGUCAUUUCAGAAAUACUCAUCAAGUAUUUGACUAUAUAUGUCUGACUUAUUGAAUCACUUUUCAAGCAUUGUAUUUAUUUUAUAUAAUGAGAAAUUAAUAGUCGAUUAAGAUAACGCGAAAAAGGCAGAAAACAUAAUUAGAAGAGUUAGAAUACGAAUAUGUGUAUAGGAUCAUCGCGUAAAAUUUUCGUUUAUGUAUAAUAUCUUCGACGAUCGUAGCUUACUGAACAAUCUGCGAUGAGUAAUAGAUAUUAUAAUGAAUAACAUUGAAAAGUGAUUCAAUGAAUUUUAAAGCUUCGGAGAGCAAACCAAUGCGCAUUAAGCCAUAGAUAACAUCGGAUAAGCAAAAUAGAAAUAUUUCACUUUCCGUCAAAAAAAAAAAAAAAAAAAAAAAACUCAAA